GUUCGAUUUUGUUCAAUUGUAUAACAUGUAUUAUUGCUGCUCAAUUUGUUAUUUUUAAGUUAAAUCUAAUUGAAAUACAAAUUAAACAUAGUCAUUGUGCAUAAGAGAUACUCGUAGAUUACGAACUUUUGUUAUUUUUAUUGAAAUGAUUUAGACGAGGCUGGGCGAUAGUGCUACCCAAUCAGAAGCUGUUAGGUUUUGCUGCUUUGCUCAAUCUUCCUUUUCAUCUUCUCCAUGUAUGGCUUCUCUUCCUUUUGUCACUCCCACUUAUCCGCUUGCUACUCUCUACAGUACCAGAAAACUCCAGAACUCGCCCACCCAUGCUGCGAAGUUAAAUGAGAGUGCUGGGAACUUUCAAAUCUCGUAUAAAUCUUACCUCAACCGGAUAUCUUCUCUAUGCAAAGAAGGCGACCUUCGAGCAGCUGUGGACCUAGUUUCUAAUUUUGAAUUGCAGGGUAUCACAAUUGGACCUGACGUAUAUGGAGAACUUCUUCAGGGCUGCGUUUACGAGAGAGCUCUUUCGUUGGGUCAGCAAAUCCACGGUCGAAUUCUCAAGAAUGGUGAGUUCAUUGCAAAGAAUGAGUACAUCGAAACCAAAUUGGUGAUUUUCUAUUCAAAAUGCGACGAGUCAGAGAUCGCCAACCGUUUGUUUCGCAAGCUGCGGGUACAGAACGAGUUUUCUUGGGCUGCUAUUAUGGGAUUAAAAUGUAGAAUCGGCUUUAACGAAGAAGCUUUAUUGUGUUGUUGUGAGAUGCACGAAAAUGGGCUAUUCCUGGACAAUUUUGUUAUUCCAAUUGCUUUGAAGGCUGCUGGCUCUCUGCAGUGGAUUGGGUUUGGCAAAGCAAUCCAUGGCUACGCAGUCAAGAUGGAUCUGGGUGGGUGUAUCUUUGUUGCUAGUAGUCUUCUGGAUAUGUACGGUAAAUGUGGGGUAUGUGGAGAUGCAAAGAAGGUGUUUGAUAAAAUUCCUGAGAAGAAUAUAGUAGCUUGGAAUUCGAUGAUUGUUAAUUUUACCCAUAAUGGACUGUAUGAGGAAGCAGUUGAAACGUUUUAUGACAUGAGGGUGGAAGGUGUUGAACCUACUCAAGUAACUCUAUCAAGUUUUCUUUCAGCUUCAGCUAAUUUAAGUCUGAUCAAUGAGGGUAAACAAGGUCACGCCCUAGCAGUGUUAUCUGGACUGGAACUAACCAACAUAUUGGGUAGUUCGCUUAUAAAUUUUUAUUCCAAGAUUGGUUUGGUUGAGGACGCUGAACUGGUUUUCAGUGAAAUGUUGGAGAAAGAUGUAGUGACAUGGAAUUUGCUGGUCUCUGGUUAUGUGCAUAAUGGGCUGGUUGAUCGGGCACUUGGUUUAUGUCGUGUAAUGCAAUCGGAAAAUUUGAGGUUUGAUUCUGUGACUCUUGCUUCAAUAAUGGCUGCUGCUGCUGACUCGAGAAAUUUGAAACUAGGGAAGGAAGGACAUUCUUUUUGUGUUAGGAACAACCUUGAAUCUGAUGUUGCUGUUGCAAGUAGCAUAGUAGAUACGUAUGCCAAAUGUGGGAAAUUGGAAUGUGCAAGACGAGUUUUUGACUUAGCUAUAAAGAGAGAUCUUAUAAUGUGGAAUACUCUGUUGGCUGCCUAUGCAGAGCAGGGUUGGAGUGGUGAAACAUUAAAAUUGUUUUAUCAGAUGCAGUUAGAAGGUCUGCCACCAAAUUUGAUAUCCUGGAACUCUGUGAUUUUGGGUCUCUUGAAUAAAGGUGAAGUUAGUAAGGCUAAAGACAUGUUCUUGGAGAUGCAGUCUCUUGGUGUCUGUCCUAAUUUAGUUACUUGGACCACUCUCAUAUCUGGACUCGCUCAGAAUGGUCUUGGUGAUGAAGCAUUCCUUACAUUCCAAUUAAUGCAAGAAGCUGGCAUUAAACCCAACAGUUUGAGUAUUAGCCCGCUACUUUCAGCUUGCACAGCUAUGGCCUCUCUGCGACAUGGAAGAGCAAUUCAUGGUUACAUCACAAGACGUGAACUUUCACUAUCAACACCGGUCUUAUGCUCCUUGGUGAACAUGUAUGCCAAAUGUGGUAGUAUAAAUCAAGCGAAGAGGAUUUUUGAUAUGAUACUGAAAAAGGAGUUGCCCAUCUAUAAUGCAAUGAUCUCUGGCUAUGCACUACAUGGUCAAGCAGUGGAAGCUCUUUCACUCUUUAGACGUCUAAAAGAGGAAUGUAUAAAACCUGAUGAAAUAACCUUUACUAGUAUUAUUUCUGCAUGCAGUCAUGCUGGACUUGUGACAGAAGGUUUAGAGCUUUUCAUUGAUAUGGUUUCUAAUCACAAAAUAGUAGCACAAGCAGAGCAUUAUGGGUGUCUUGUUAGUAUUCUGUCUAGGUGUCAUAACUUGGACGAAGCUUUAAGACUUGUUCUAGCGAUGCCUUUUGAGCCUGAUGCAUUUAUAUUUGGAUCUUUACUUGCUGCAUGCAGAGAGCAUCCCGACAUUGAACUUAAAGAACGCUUGUUCGAACGCUUGUUGAAAUUGGAGCCAGAUAAUUCAGGAAAUUAUGUGGCACUGUCAAAUGCAUAUGCUGCUACUGGAAUGUGGGACGAAGCAUCAAAGGUGAGAGAUCUGAUGAAAGAAAGGGGUCUAAGGAAGACUCCUGGGCAUAGCUUGAUUCAGAUUGGAAACGAAACACAUGUAUUUUUCGCUGGAGAUAAGUCACACUCCAAGACAAAGGAAAUUUACAAGAUGUUGGCCCUCCUUAGAAUAGAAAUGCAAGUCACUAGAUGUAUACAUGUGACUAGUUAAGCUGGUAUCUUACAUUUCCAUUCUUGAGAAUGAGGAUGUCAUAUUUGUACAGGUUGAUGCAUGUGCUUUUUAAUUAGCACAGAGGAAACAGUGAUUGCUUAAAUGAUUAGUGGCCUUCUCUGACUAUGUUGAGGUCACACGGACUUGAAGACAGCUGCAAAAUAUAAUUUACCCUGGCUUAAAAAAGAAUACUCUGGGUUUUGGAAUGUUAUUCCUUUUGGACGGCUCGAAAUGCUACCUAGUUGAGGAAUCUACUAUUACGAUAAGAGUAUUGCACUGCACAAGCGCCUGUUAUGAGAGAUUUGAGACCUUCGGGUUUGUUUUUAGCUAUGACAAGAAUCUAGGAACAAGUAGAUUAACCAAUUGCACAUCUGAGUUCAUCUUGGACUAAAUUUGAGCUGAUUAGCAACUAUGGAAUUUAUAAACAUCAUGAUGCAGUGCUCGAGAAAUCCAUUUAUCAUUUUCUAUAUUGAAUUGCAUUGCUGAGAACCAGUGGUGCCAAGUUGUGCAGGAUUGUGUAUGCAAGCUGUACGAGUUGCUUUCACGUCAAACUCAGGUUUUUGGUCUUUAGUAAAGUCCGUGGAUGAUUUGAUUCUCUUACUGUAUAUCAUUCAGUUACCAUUACCAAUUGGCCUGUCUAUUAGAAGCACACCAACUUUGCUUGCUCUCUACAAUGAAUAUACCCAACCAUAUGAGUUGGAAUGUUCUUAACUUAUUUUCUGCGCAACUUCUAUAUGGUGUGAGAAUAUUCUCGUCAAGAUUUGCACAUCAAAUUCUUCAAAUAGAACAGUUAACUCUGGCCUAAAAUGCUUUCAUGUUUUUUUUUUUGUUUAGUUAAUGAAGAUUGCUAACUUUCAUUCACCAUGCACUGUAUUUGGAUGUUUUUCUCUUCUUACAAAGCAGCCAAGAUAUUACACCCUACAGGACUUGGUUGUAUGGUUUUUGAGAAUUGGAGACAUGCAAGCAAAUUUCAGUUCCCGAAUUGUCACCACACCGGCAGAUUACAGGAACUGGCACUAUGAAAAGAUCUCAGCACAAAACAUCAGUAUUGUUGCUGUUGUCAGGUUAGUACCUGUGAACAUCUGUUUUCUGGUUCUCAUUUUCAUGUUCCUUGUUCAACUAUUCCAGGUCAGGUUACUACACUCAGGUUUUAAGAUCAGCCAAGUUUUGAUAUCAGUAAUCUAAUCAUUUAGUGCCGGACCACAUAUACAACAUUUCCAAAUUGAUUAUUCUUUAUCCCUCUCUCUCCCUCCUCCUUUUCUGUACACAGAGAUUUACAAAUCUUCAUCAUCAACAUAAACACAUAGAUGCUCCUUAGCUUUGUUGUAGUCUUUAUAAUUUUAGUUGAAUUUCUAACUUCCAAUUGAAGGCAUGCACUCAUCCUAGUCUUUUAGUGAAGCAUCCUAUGCUGUAACGAGUAACAACCAAAUAAAAUCUUACCCUUUUGUCUUGGUGAUUCGUGCUAUCCAAGGAAAGUGAAAUGAUGAAGAAACAACGCCUUUUCACAUAUUGUUCAGUGGGCAUCAACGAGCUAUUAUUAUCCACACCUUAUUUUGUUCGACAGCAGAGACUGGGAGACCGUGCUACUUUAGAGAAAGACGUUCCUUACUCGUCGGAUUGGAAAUCAUAUGGUGGCUGUGACUGUUCGUAAAGAGGAUUGUAUCAAAUUCAGUCAAAUGAUUUGUUCAUGAAUUAAUUAGCUGAAAAGAGAAAAGUCGAAGUCGAAUACCGAAAAAAAGGGUGUUUUAAGAAACAUCAUUAAGGGUUUGCAUGGAUUCCAUUAAAAAUAAGGUGCAAUCAAAUCUUCACCAACUAGUUGUUGGUUGCUCUUCUUCCCCUUUAUUUCAUUAGCUUCUAAUAUUAUCGCCUUUUUAUAAUUCUUAGGUCUUCCCUUUUUCCUCUUUUAUCUUUGGUGGCUCUACUCAUUGAAAUUAUUGCUAAUGGGUAUGGCGCAUGGCCCAAAUCUUUGUACUGUUUGGGAAUAAUUAAAUGAACCCUAAAAGGUUAAAGUAUCAUUUGGGGUAUGUAUUUUCUUUUUUU